AAAAAUACCAUGUCUAAUGGUUAUGAAGACCACAUGGCCGAAGACUGCAGGGAUGAUAUCGGGAGAACGAAUUUAAUUGUCAACUAUCUCCCCCAGAACAUGACCCAGGAUGAGCUACGGAGUUUGUUUAGCAGUAUUGGUGAAGUUGAGUCUGCAAAACUUAUUCGAGACAAAGUGGCAGGACACAGCUUGGGCUAUGGCUUUGUGAACUACGUGACUGCAAAAGAUGCGGAGAGAGCGAUAAACACGCUGAACGGCCUGAGGCUCCAGUCCAAAACCAUUAAGGUGUCGUACGCCCGCCCAAGCUCCGAGGUCAUCAAAGACGCCAACCUGUACAUCAGUGGGCUCCCAAGGACCAUGACCCAGAAGGAUGUGGAGGACAUGUUCUCUCGGUUCGGCCGCAUCAUUAAUUCUCGGGUGCUUGUGGAUCAGACCACAGGUUUGUCCAGAGGGGUUGCGUUUAUCCGGUUUGACAAACGAUCGGAGGCAGAAGAGGCAAUUACCAGUUUCAAUGGUCAUAAACCCCCAGGUUCCUCCGAGCCCAUCACAGUGAAGUUUGCUGCCAACCCCAACCAGAACAAAAACGUGGCACUGCUCUCCCAACUGUACCACUCGCCCGCCAGACGUUUCGGAGGGCCCGUGCACCACCAGGCGCAGAGAUUCAGGUUCUCUCCGAUGGGUGUGGAUCACAUGAGUGGGCUCUCUGGUGUCAAUGUCCCAGGCAACGCGUCUUCGGGCUGGUGCAUCUUCAUCUACAACCUCGGGCAGGACGCCGACGAGGGCAUCCUUUGGCAGAUGUUUGGCCCCUUUGGCGCUGUCACCAACGUGAAGGUGAUCCGCGACUUCAACACCAACAAGUGCAAAGGGUUUGGCUUUGUGACCAUGACAAACUAUGAAGAAGCCGCGAUGGCCAUAGCCAGUCUGAAUGGCUACCGCCUGGGGGACAAAAUCUUACAGGUUUCCUUCAAGACCAACAAGUCCCACAAAUAACUCGCUCAUGCUUUUUUGUACGGAAUAGAUAAUUAAGAGUGACCGAAGUUGAAACUUUUUGUUAGUGUACAACUCACUUUGCGCCAAUUUUCACAAGUGUUUGUCUUAGUCUAAAUGAGAAGUGAAAAGGUUUUUUAUACUCUGGGAUGCAACCGACAUGUUCAAAUGUUUGAAAUCCCACAAUGUUAGACCAAUUUUAAGCUUCUUAAGUUAUUUCCUUUAAAAUAUAUAUUAAACAGAAAUCUAAGUAGAUGCAUUAACUAACCAGUCCCUCUGGGUGGUGGUAAAACUGAAGCAUGCUUUAACUUAUAAGACUGUCUAACAUUUCGUUUCAUUUGAUGUCUCCACGAACUGGAUAAAAAAAGUUAUCUUUUAGUUCUAGUUUUUAAACUAAAGAUGUUAGACAGAUGCUGAGUGUGCGUUUUCUCAACCGCUUCAAACAUUUUAAGCGAUUGAUGCUUUUUGGUUGGCAAGAAAUUGCUUCCCGAGCAGGUCCCCUUGCCACUCGCGGUCACUCAGCCCAGGCUCUGCCGAGCGGCCUCAGCUGGGCGCCUCCCCAGGGAAGGGGCUGCGAGCUGGGCCGGGCCAUCAGAGGAGGACACACACAGGUUGGUGAGCCCAGGCGCCAGUGAGGACGGACCAAAGAGUUUCAGGGAAACUCCAGUGUAUUUCCGAGUCAGCUCUAAGCUCCAGGCACGCCUGAGGAUGUGUCGCUCGCCGGCCCCCGAGUGUCUGCCCCAACAUGCAUGCACAGCGCCCCCACAGUGGACACCUGUCACUUGCUCCCGUCUCCGAGACCAUUCACCACAGCUUGAAGGCAAACGAUAGCGCUGUGUUUUAACCACAGAAACAUUUGAGCAUUGUGUCUCUCGCAUCCCUUCUUGUGAGCACUAGGCUUUCCUCCCUGUUUUAGGCGGAUUUUGUUUUGACCUUUUGCUUUCGUAUGAACAUUCAGCAGAAAAGUACUUACUUCUUGCCAGCUAGCUAUUAACAAAAAGCCUUUGAUUGUAGUUCUAAAGAUGAACCCGCAACGCUCUCUCCAUAACUGCCUUGACAUUUUGGGUUGCUCUGUUAAUUUUCUUUUGCUUUUUUGUGUUUUUUGUUUGUUUUUACUUUUGCAUUUAAGACCAUUAAAUUUGAUUUUGUUUUGCUCGA